AUGGUCAAUCGCCGUAUACUUCUCCUGUUCAUUGCUGUAACGUUGUUCAUCACUGUAUUACAAGCUGAACGUGCUCGUAACGAUAAUCUUCAAGAUGCCGAACAAGAAAUAGAUUUUACCAAUCAUAGCGAAGACGAUGAUGUAAUUGAAACUAUCAAACGAUUUUGGAAGAAUAAAAAGACAACAACACCUAAACCAUCUUCCGACUCGAUUUCAGCAUUGAUUACAACAACAAAACCAACUUCGAUUUCGAAACUUUCAACUUCAACUAAAUCAUCCGCUUUCAGUGGUUUAUUUGGUAAUAAAGGCAAGACGACUUCGGGUAGCGGAUUGGCAAGUAGCACAUCGCGAUCUGGUACUGGACGCUUAACAACUGCAGCACCAAAAGAUGCCUGUGGAGCAAUUAAUCCAUGCAAUAACGGUGGUACAUGCAAAACUUUGUCAAGUGGUAGCUACUAUUGCUUUUGUGGUCCAGAUCAUUAUGGCAAACGUUGUGAAAAUAAAUUUAUGUUCACUGGUGCUGCUAAUGCCGAUCGUACACGUAAAGAUCAUUGCGCCGAGCAACCUUGUCGUAAUGGCGGUGAAUGUGUUGGAUUACGCACAACAUACUAUUGCCGAUGUAAAUCACCCUACUAUGGAAUCAAAUGCGAUAAACGUCUUAGUAAACGCGAAGAAGUGGAUGACGAAUCCGUUUUAUCUGACGAACAAAUGAACAUCUACGAACGGGAAUUGCAAGACGAUAACGAAGAUUUACGUCGUGCUAUUGCCAAUGAAAAUUUAAUUGAAAAUUUCGAAUAG